AUGAAUGUUAGUUUUCCAUGUGAUGGUUUAUUUGUCGAUAUCAAUGAUACUCUUUACUGUUCAAUGGCUGAGCAUAAUCAAGUAGUGAAAAGAUCAUUAAAUGAUGCAGUGAUGGCUUCAGAUUGUGUUGCUGCUGGAACAGGUAUUUACGGUGAUGACUCGAAUCAACUCGCUAAUCCAUACGGAAUCUUUGUCGAUAUGAAUUUUGAUUUAUAUGUAGCAGAUUGUGGAAAUGACCGAGUUCAGUUGUUCCAGUCGGGAGAAUCAAAUGGCAUCACAGUAGCUGGAAGUACAUCACUAAAUCCAACAAUUAUGCUGAGUAAUCCAAGUGGAAUUUUAUUAGAUGCUGAGAAAUAUUUAUUCAUUGUGGAUUAUGGCAAUAGUCGCAUUGUUGGUUCAGAUGUGAAUGGCUUUCGAUGUUUAGUUGGAUGUUACGGAAUGGGUUCACAAUCCAAUCAAUUGGCUAAUCCAUUUAGUUUGAGUUUUGAUCGUUCUGGAAACAUGUUUGUUACUGAUCAAGACAAUGAUCGAAUUCAAAAAUUUCAAUAUUUCGAAGAAUCAUGUGAAUAUGAAAAUGAAAGUGAAACUCCUCAAGAAUUUCGAGCUGAAUUAUUAAAUAGUUAA